AUGUCUUUUGUGCCGCGCUUUUCUAAAUAUAAGAAAAAUGAUAUUGAAAAUAAUACCGAGAAAUAUAAAAAAAAGGCAAGCAACAUAAAUUCCAUGUCUAAAGUUAAAGUGACACAAGAAGGCGAUAAACGGGGAGAAGAUUAUGAAGAAGAGGAUUACGAUGUUAUUAAUACUGCCAAUCAAAUUACCAUGACAAGUGUUUUAGAUAACCACAAUUCUUUUCUAAGACCUAGUGUGAAUAUUGCUAGGAACCCAACCGUAAAUUACGAUGAUAUCAACCCUGUUGAUGUUAAUAGUACCAUAUCAGAAGAUCUUGAGAGCAGUAUUGUUAGUGCAAGGAACGAUAAUGAUAUAGAAUUGGAGGAAUAUUCCCAAAAUUAUGUAGAAAAUAAUAGUAAUGAUAAUGUCACUCCUGCUGUGGGUGAUAUUGUAUUUCCCACCUCAGUAGCAUUAGAUAACAAAACGGCAAAUAGAAACCAUGUGCUGCCGGACUCAAUUAUAAAAUGGUAUAAAAUAAUUAUUUACAAGUUGAUUGAUUUAAGAAAUAUAAUUUUAAAUGAAAAAAAACUGCCACCCUCUAAAAAUGGUCGGAUAAUACCUGUUGCGCUAGAUAAGGACUCAAAGGUCUUUUCAGACUCAUUGCAUACAGAUGGAUAUUUAUUGAUUGACGAAAGAAGGCAGCCCCAUAAGAAGCCAUAUAUUGAUAACGUUAUCACAUCUUCGCGAUAUACGAUAUAUUCCUUCCUUCCACUCCAGCUUUAUGCACAGUUUUCCAAAUUGGCUAACAUUUAUUUCUUUAUAAUUGCCAUCUUACAAAUGAUCCCCGGAUGGUCAACUACUGGUACAUUUACUACCAUUAUCCCGAUUUGUAUAUUUAUGGGGAUUAGCAUGGCCAGAGAGGUGUGGGAUGAUUUUAGAAGACAUAAGUUAGACAAACAGGAAAACAAUAAACUAACAAAGAUAUUAUAUAAGGGGAACCAAUUUCAAGAAAGAGGCUUGAUAAGCCAUAAAAAUAACAUAUUAAGCAAAAAGGCACGCAAAUUGUUUAGACAUAUGGAUCGUAACGAACAUGCUUUGCUGAAGCUGAAUUUAAAAAACAGUACUCAAUCAAUGCCUAGCAUGGAUAUUCAAAAAAAAGAAGCGCAGGAACAGAAACAACAUGAAAAGAAUUUGCUGUCGCACACAAACAGUAAUAGUUUGAGUAACACAGCCGACGAAUUUACAAAUUUGAAUCUCCUGAGAUCCAGGCACGAUAUACAUUUACACAAGACAGAAUGGAAAAAUUUGAGAGUUGGGGAUUUUAUCUACCUAAAUCAAGAUGAUUGGGUUCCUGCAGAUAUUUUAUUAAUAGCAUCAGAUGGAGAGCACAGUGAAGUUUUUGUUGAAACCAUGGCUUUAGAUGGAGAAACCAACUUGAAAACAAAAUUUCCUCAUCUGGAGUUAGCCAAAAGCAUGCAAACUGCUACUGGCUUAGUUAAUACUGCGGCUAAAGUUACCGUGGAAGAUCCUAAUAAUGAUUUGUACAAUUUUGAAGGUAAUAUUGAAUUGCUAGACAAUGUAACAGGCACUUGGAACAAGUAUCCUAUUAAUACCGAUAAUGUGGUUUAUCGUGGAAGUGUCUUGAGAAACACUAAUAAUGUUAUUGGGAUGGUUAUUUAUACGGGGGAGGAAACCAAAAUUAGGAUGAACGCUAUUAAGAAUCCCCGGAUAAAGGCGCCUAAAUUGCAAACUGCAAUCAAUUAUAUUGUUAUUUUUAUGGUUUUAGUUGUGGCUUCGAUGUCUUUGUUUUCAUUUUUGGGUGAAAAAGUCAAUAAGAAGAAGUAUAUAAUUAACAACAAGUAUCAAUAUUUGUUGAAAGACGAUGCUGGUUCAGCCCCUACAGUUAUGGGGUUUAUUAUAAUGUACAAUACUUUGAUUCCCCUUUCUUUGUAUGUCACCAUGGAAAUUAUUAAAAUCAUGCAAAGUAAAUUAAUGGAAUGGGAUAUCGAUAUGUAUUAUGAACCUUCCGAUGUUUCGUGUGAAUCGCGCACGGCAACAAUUUUAGAGGAAUUGGGCCAGGUUUCAUAUGUUUUCAGUGAUAAAACAGGCACUUUGACUGAUAACUUGAUGAUAUUUAGGAAGUUUACCGUUUGCGGAACUUCGUGGGUCCAUGAUUUAGAAUCAAGAUACAUAGCGGAUGUCACAGAAGACGAGGAUUAUAAACUUAAUAAGGAGGACAGCCACAUAGAUAACUCUGCUAGUAGCAACAAUGUUAGCAGUGAGCAUCUUGAGAGAACUACGAUACGAAAAAGUAUUGGAAGAGCUUCAAUUGAAUAUAAAAGUAAUAGCUCUAUUAAGUACACUGGUAGACCCAGUAUUGCUUCUUUAAUUUGUAAGUCAAGAAACAAAACCCUGCAAAAUCAAGAAGCUAAUAAAGCAGAACAUGAUACAGAUGAUAUAAUUGAUGUUGGAAAUGUUAAUAAAGUUCCCGGUGCUAAAAAAUUAAAUACUGGCAAUUUACAAGAGAGUACUCUAGAAAUUACAGAUAGCCAUGAAGACAGUCAAAUAUCACCGGCACUUGAAUCUGCUAAAACUAAUAUCCAAGAUGCAAAUAAAAACUUGUUAACCAGAAAUCGUGAUCAUACUUCAGAGCUGAAAUCAUCUGUUGAAUUAAUCAUGUACAUUCAAAAAAAUCCGCAUACAUAUUUUGCUCAAAGAGCCAAAUUUUUUAUUUUAUCAUUAGCUUUGUGCCAUACUUGUGUACCUAAAAAAAUCAGAGGUUCAGAACCACUUGAAAAGAAAAUGUCUGCUGAAAAUGCUAAUAAAUUAGCUUCUAGUAGUGAUGAUGACAAUGAAUCUAUUGAAUACCAAGCAGCUUCUCCUGAUGAACUAGCGUUAAUUGGUGCUGCCAGGGAUAUGGGAUAUGUCGUCAUUAACAAAAAUGGAAACAUCUUAUCUAUAAGAACGUAUCCUGAGGGGUUUGACUCUCCAUCGGUUGUAGAAGAUUAUGAAGUUUUAAAUGUAAUAGAAUUUAAUUCAGUAAGAAAAAGAAUGACAGUUAUAGUACGAUUGAAAAAAGAACCUACUAGAGUUUUGCUAAUUUGUAAGGGGGCAGAUAACGUUAUUUUAGAGAGAUUAUAUAAUAACGCUUUAGCGCUGGAAAAAACUCAAGAAAUUAAUAGAGCUGCUGAAGAACGCAGAAAAGAUGAGGCUGAAGUAUUUUUAGAACAAAGAAGGUCAUUGGAACAACGUUUAGGCACACGUUCUUCGAAGUCAAUUGAUUUUAUUGCUUCUAGACCAAGUUUAUCUUUACAGGCUGUUAGAGAAAGUUUAUCGAGGCACAAUUAUGGUCGCUCCUCAAAUAUGCAUCAUAGAAGGAGUAAAAGUAAUAAUAGGCCAAUUUCUUCAACAUUUAACGAGGCCAGUAUGUCAUCUGCUGUUUUCAAGAAAAACUGCGAUGAGGAUGAACAUUUCAACUUCGAAGACGAUGCAGCUGACCACAUUACUUCGAUUAAUGAUUUUUUGUAUAAUGUUGACAGGACCAAAAAAGAAGUUGAGGCAGUUGGUGUGAAAUCGCGCGAUUCUUUAAACAAGCAAAUCACUGAGAAAUAUCAACAAAGACAUUCAUUAUCAACAACUUCUCGUAACCAACCUAGCGGAAGUAGUAAUGGCACCAUUGCCCAUUCCAAUGGUUCAUCAAGUGCCCAAUAUUCUUCGCCAUCCUUAAAGAAAACACCGAUAGAAACCUUAACAGCCUUUACCAACAAAGAAACAGGCUAUAAUGAAGCGUUUAUUAAUGCUGGAGACGAUGUUGGUACCAUUGAGGACUACAUUGGGGACGAAGCAUUAUUAAGAGACGAGGAGUAUGUCAUUGAAAAAACGUUACAGGCCAUCGAUGAAUUUUCGACCCAAGGCUUAAGAACCCUAUUAUAUAGCUAUAAGUGGAUUAAGGAGGAAGAGUAUCAAUUAUGGGCAAAACGUUACCAUGAGGCCAAAAUUUCUUUAGUUGACCGUGCUAAAAAGAUGGAUACGGUGGGUGAAGAAAUUGAAAGUAAUUUAAUUUUGUUAGGUGCUACUGCCAUUGAAGAUAAAUUACAGGACGGCGUCCCUGAGGCCAUUGAGAAGCUUAGAAGAGCGGGUAUUAAAAUGUGGAUGUUAACUGGUGAUAAAAGGGAAACAGCCAUCAACAUUGGUUAUUCGUGUAACUUGAUACAUGACUAUUCAACUGUUGUUAUUUUGAGCCAUGAUGAUGAAAAUUUAUUGGCCAAGAUAUCGGCUGUUUCUCAAGAAAUAGAAACGGGGAAUGUUGCACAUUGUGCUGUAGUUAUUGAUGGUUCGACUUUGGGUAUAUUUGAAACAAACUCUACAAUGAUGGGUGUUUUCAUUGAUUUAUGUACCAAAACAGAUGUGGUAAUUUGUUGUAGAGCAUCGCCCUCUCAAAAGGCACUUAUGGUUAGCAGCAUUAGGAACACGAAUAAGAAAUUAGUUACACUGGCGAUUGGUGAUGGUGCCAAUGAUAUUGCUAUGAUACAGUCUGCAGAUAUCGGUGUUGGUAUUGCAGGUAAGGAAGGUUUACAAGCGUCCAGGUCUUCUGAUUACUCCAUAGGACAGUUUAGAUUUCUAUUAAAAUUGUUAUUCGUUCACGGGAGAUAUAAUUAUUCUAGAACUUCAAAAUUUGUGCUUUGUACAUUUUUCAAGGAAACAUUGUUUUACAUGACUCAAAUGAUUUUUCAAAGGUACACUAUGUUUUCUGGUACAUCGCUUUAUGAAUCGUGGUCAUUAUCUAUGUUCAAUACCUUAUUUACCUCUUUGCCAGUCUUGUGUAUUGGUAUGUUUGAAAAGGAUUUGAAACCGCAAACAUUGCUUGCUGUUCCGGAACUUUAUACAUUUGGCCGCUUAUCUCAAGGGUUUAAUUUGUUUAUUUUUGUUCAAUGGAUGUUGCUAGCCGCUGGUUCGUCUGUACUGAUAACUUUUAUGAAUAUCUAUUUAUGGGGGUUUACCUCGCAAUCUGACUCUACGUUAUACCCACUUGGUUUCAUGAAUUUCACGGUUGUCGUUUUCAUAGUUAAUUUCAAAUGUCAAUUCUUAGAGAUGAGGAAUAGAUCAUCUAUAGCGUUUGCGUCCGUUAUUAUUAGUUGUGGGGGUUGGUUGAUUUGGUGUUGCUUUUUGCCAGUAGUCUACAGUGACGAUUUCAUGUAUGAUGUUUUGGGUGGAUUUUAUCAACGUUUUGGGAGAGACAUUUCAUUUUGGGCAUCUAUUUUGUUGAUUUGCGUUUGCCCUUUAUUACUAAGCAUGUUGGGUAAGGUUUUUCAAACGAUUUUUUUCCCCAGUGAUUCUGAUAUUUUUGCACAAUUGGAGCAAGAAGAUGAAGUAAGGAAAAAAAUAGAAAUGAAUGCUUUUAGUGAAAUGAAACAGGGAUGGACUUGGGAUAAAGAUGAAAGCACCGUUAGUAAAUAUACCGGGAAAUUUGUAAAUAGAGUUAUUAAAGCCAACGGUGACACUACAAGAAAAGAUGAUUCCAGUCCCGGUUUGGUAUAUGGAGAUAAUACGAAUGCUGCUGUAAAUAAUAACAGCAGUAGUAAUUGUGAGUUAAAGGGUUCGUCCUCUACAUUAAAUUCCAGUUUGUUUGAUGAAAAUAAAUAUGAAAUGUUACCUAGUGGCAAGUUGAUUAAAAGAAAGAAAGCCAAAGUUUUAGACACCACGAAAAAGAAUUCAAUUAUUAAAGAAACUCAAAAAUUAAAAAAAGUCAUUAAAAAGAAGCUGAGAUUUAAGUUAAAGGAUAAUGAAGAUGUCGAUGCAAUUAUUCAAAAGAGAUUGGAUGAUUUAGAGUGA